UGCAUGAGGUCUGCAGAGUGGCUGAACAUUUUGCCAUAAACCCCAAGGGCCACAAACCAUGUCAGGCUCCUAUGAUGAGUCUGCGGCAUCUGCUGAGGAAAUAACUGACAGUUUCUGGGAGGUAGGGAACUACAAACGGACGGUGAAACGGAUUGAUGAUGGAUAUCGGCUGUGCAAUGACCUGAUGAACUGUGUCCAUGAGCGGGCCAAGAUCGAGAAGGCAUAUUCCCAGCAGCUGGUUGAUUGGUCCAAACGGUGGAGGCAGCUAAUAGAGAAAGGCCCACAGUACGGCAGUUUGGAGAAAGCGUGGAUGGCCAUAAUGACAGAGGCGGACAAGGUGAGCGAGCUGCAUCAAGAAGUGAAGAAUAGCUUGUUGAACGACGACUUCGAGAAGGUGAAGAACUGGCAGAAGGAUGCCUUCCACAAACAGAUCAUGGGAGGCUUCAAGGAGGCCAAGGAAGCAGAGGAUGGUUUUCGGAAAGCACAGAAACCCUGGGCCAAGAAGAUGAAGGAGCUGGAAACAGCCAAGAAAGCAUAUCACCUGGCAUGCAAAGAGGAGAAGCUCGCCAUGACUCGAGAAGCCAACAGCAAAGCUGAGCAGUCCAUCACUCCAGAUCAGCAAAAGAAGCUGCAAGACAAAGUGGAAAAAUGCAAGCAGGAUGUGCAAAAGACCCAGGAGAAGUAUGAAAAGGUGGUGGAUGAGAUUAGUAAGUGUACCCCACAGUACAUGGAAAGUAUGGAACAGGUCUUUGAGCAAUGCCAGCAAUUUGAAGAGAAGAGACUCAUCUUCCUGAAGGAGGUGCUGUUGGAUAUCAAGCGGCACCUGAACUUGGCGGAGAACAACAGUUAUGCUAAGGUGUACCGUGAGCUGGAGCAGACCAUCCGCACAGCUGAUGCGCAAGAAGACCUACGGUGGUUCCGCAACACUAGUGGCCCAGGAAUGCCCAUGAACUGGCCUCAGGUAGAGGAGUGGAACCCAGAUGCAGCAGCACAACCAGUAGCAAGGAAAGAGAAACCUCCAAAAAAGAAUGAAACAAGCAACACAUCCAAUGCCAGUGGGGGUGGGGAGGCAGCAGCACAAGCUGGGGACCGUGGCAGCGUGAGCAGCCAAGCCUACGCUGCCGAGUGGUCAGACGAUGAGGGCGGCAACACCUACAACUCCAGCGAAGCCAAUGGUGGUGCCAACUCCUUUGAGGAAGAGCCAGCUGCGAAAGGCGUGCGUGUACGAGCUCUGUAUGACUAUGACGGGCAGGAGCAGGACGAGCUGAGUUUCAAAGCAGGUGAUGAAUUAACCAAAUUAGGUGAAGAAGACGAACAAGGCUGGUGCAAAGGGCGUCUGGACAACGGGCAGCUGGGUCUUUAUCCAGCUAACUAUGUGGAGUCUAUCUAGUUUUAUCGUGUUCUCCUUCACUGCUGUCAGAAAAAACAAACCAACCCGCUGUCAUCGCCUAUCUCUCUAUUCCAGCCAAGUAGCCAUCUUGCCGUCCUGUCACCCACUCAGCACAGUUAGAAAUAUCCAAACAUAUUUUCCGACCAAUCUUAUUUUUUUAAUAGACAUUUCUGAAGAGUA